UUUUCUUUAAUAUGUAUAAAAUUUGGAAGUUAUUUCUUACUUCAAAUUAAAUUUUCUUUAUAAAGUAUGAAUUCUAAUUACGUAUUUGUUGUCGUCGUACACUUUAUUUGUACAUUUGUUGUCCUUCGUACGAUUUUUCAUGUCUGCCCAAGUUUUUUAAUUGAGUCCAUUAACUGUGGAAUGACAUUAGCUUCUGCAGCUCUCAUCGGAUGGUUCACCUUUCGAUUUACCAAAACAAAAUGGUUAAAUGAUCGAGUUCUGCCGGAUGGAAAAGCUGUUCUAAUCACAGGUUGUGAUCGAGGAUUUGGUCAGGCACUUGCUAUUCGCUUAGAUUCACUAGGUUACCAUGUAUUUGCAAGUUGUCUUUCACCAUCUGAUCCAGGAGUUCAGAAUUUCAAGAAUAAAUGUUCCAGUCUUUUGCACGUUUUAGAAAUGGAUGUUACGAAGGAAAACAGUGUUCAGGCUGCGUUAGAAUUCGUUAAAGAAAACCUGAGUACUUCAGAGCUUUGGGCCGUCGUCAACAACGCUGGUAUUUUUAAAGGACUAUCUGUUGAAAUAGCUCCAUUGCAAGAUUUUGAAGCUUGUCUUGAAGUUAAUACUUACGGUCCAUUAAGAGUCACUAAAGCCUUUUUACCUUUGUUGAGAAAGUCAAAGGGCAGAGUUAUCAAUUUGACAAGUACAGCUGGUAGAAUACCAAUAUUUGGAUUUACACCUUACACAGUGAGUAAAUUUGCUACAGCAGGGUUCACCGACUGUUUUAGACAAGAAAUGGAUGUCUGGGGUGUUUCUGUUAUAUCUGUGGAACCGGAAUCAUAUCAAACUGCCAUGACAGAUCCAAAGCUAUUUUUCAAGCACAUCGAAGAGAAUUUGAGUAAUUUAGAUAAAACCAUUAAAGAAGAUUAUGGAGAGGAAUAUUUUAAAUCCAUAAGAAAGUUAACAAGAAUCGUCCUUGAUCUUGCUGCACCUAAAAUUGAAAAAGUAAUCGACGAUUUGGAGUCUGCAAUUACGCUUGAAUAUCCAGAUCGGGUGUACAUGCCUUGUAGAAAUUUAUUAUUCAAAUUUUUGUUUUCUGUACAAAAAGUUUUGGCUCUGGUCGUACAAGACAUUAUCGUAAAAGUUUUUACAUUCUUUCUCUUAUUUAAACACUUGAAACCAGGUGCAAUAUAACUAAGUAACUUAAAUUUUAGACUUAAAAAAUAAUAUUUAGCUGUCUUUAGAUAAACAAAUUUAAAAAAAAAACUUAAAAUGAUUUAAAUAUAAUGAAGUAUAAAACAUACAUUUCAAUAGUAGACAUCAUUUUUAAAAUAUAUAUACCUAGUGAACGUUAACCCUUCAAUCGUUCUGUAAAAUUUUAUUGAAAUUCUCCAGUUACUGUUUUCUCUAUGAAUAAAACAGGGAAAACAGUUUUUGAAUGACGGAAAGUCAGCAAUUUUAAACUUGAAAAAAGUCAGUAAUAACGCUCCUAGAGUUACCAUUAUGGAUGGUGAUUACAAUAAUUAAGUAAGCAUUAACAAAAGCCUGAAGAUCCUUCGAAAAAAGUUCCAGUUAGAAAAUCACUGCUAGAGCUUAUUUUAACUUAUCUUACGAGACGAUAUUUUAGAGCACCUGAUUUCGUUUCUUAUUUUUUCGAAACAUAAAAGAUUAUGGACUCAAAAAUUUUACAAUUUAUAAGAUAUCUACACCAUCAUUUGAUCCUGUUAAGUAUUAAGACAAUAUCGUUUAGAAUAAUUUAGUUUCAAAAAAAGAAUUAAGUUGUCUAAUUUUGAAAGAAACCGCAGACUUGGCAACCAUGAUUUGGCUAAAUUUUUAUUUCUGGUGUGUAGUAUUAUUGAGUACAUUGGUCAUUUCUAUAUCGAAUAUGUAGUUUUAGUGAACGAAUGAUUGUUUAAAACAUUGGCUAGCUUAAUAAAUAAACAACAAGAAAACACAAGGUAGGCAAAUAGUAAGAAAGUAGACAGGAUACUCCUAAGUCUUGCAGUAGAAAAGCAUAUAGCGUAUUCUACUGCUGUAGAAAUCACUAUGCAAUUUUGUUUGUGAUACUCUAAAAUUUAAAUUACUAAAUAUUGUUAAUAAUAAGUUAUUAACAGAUAUUUGUAAUUUGAACACAUGAAAUCAAUCUUUAUCACUAAUAUUUUUCAUACUAAAAACCAAUGAACUCCCCAAAAUUGUUGGUCAUAGAGGUUAAAAUCCAUAAAUUUGAAACCAGUGGCAUAAAUGCAUUUCUUUAACAGAGACGACUGAAAUAUUUUAAUGGGCAUCCUAUACUGUUCUUACAUUCAUGUGUAAUACAUAACACAUGCAUCAUAUACACAUGCUACUAAACAGACAGCUUCAAUUUCCGCUUAUGCUUUGUACAUU